AUGAAGAGCCUGCUCCUUACCGUCCUGCUGCUGGGGCUGGUGGCUGUCCUGAAGGCUCAGGAUGUCCCAUUAGAUGACCAGGAGGAUUUCUCUGGGAUCUUGUUCACAAAGGCCACAGUAUGUGACAGGAAUCACACAGAUGAGAAGAGACCUAUGAAAGUGUUCCCUAUGACAGUGACAGCCCUGGAAGGAGGGGACUUAGAGGUCCAGAUAACCUCAUGGAGGAAGGGUCAGUGUCACAUGAAAAAACUUUUGAUGCAUAAAACUGAUGAACCUGGCAAGUACACUGCCUUCAAAGGUAAGAAGGUCAUCUAUAUUCAGGAGAUUUCUGUAAAGGACCACUACAUCUUCUACUGCGAAGGCCAGAAGCACAGGAAGUCACAUCGGAAGGGGAAACUCGUGGGGAGAGACCCUAAGGAAAACCCAGAGGCCAUGGAAGAAUUCAAGAAAUUUGUAAAGAGCAAGGGAUUCAGAGAAGAAAAUAUCUUUGUACCUGAGCAGAUGGAUCAGUGUGUGCCUGAGAGUAACUAG